AUGGAGUUGUCCCCAGACCAGAAGCAGUUUCAGGAUGUAGCUCGUAAGUUUGCACGAGAGGAGAUCAUCCCAAGGGCUGCCCAUUAUGACCAGACUGGAGAAUAUCCUCGAGACAUCAUUGAGAAGGCGUGGAAACUUGGACUUGUCAACACUCAUAUCCCUACAAAAUAUGGUGAAACCUGCUCUGGAAUCAAGUUUGACCAGCGAAGAAACCACGUUGCAGAAAUGUUGAGUGGACUUGGGCUUGGAUCCUUUGAGACUUGUCUCAUCGAAGAGGAACUUGCUUAUGGAUGCAGUGGGAUAGCCACUGCUGUUGCAGCCAACAGCCUUGGGGAAGCUCCUGUAAUAUACUUUGGGAAUGAUGAGCAAAAGAAGAAGUACCUGACAAGAAUGACACAAGAGCCUUUUAUAUGUGCUUACUGUGUCACAGAAGCAGGAGCUGGCUCAGAUGUUGCUGGUAUAAAAGGCAAGGCAGAAAAGAAAGGUGAUGGGUAUGUGUUAAAUGCUCAAAAGAUGUGGAUCACUAAUGGGGGACAAGCCAAUUGGUACUUUGUAUUGGCAAGAACCAAUCCUGACCCAAAUGUUCCAGCAGGGAAGGCUUUCACUGGCUUUGUUGUGGAAGCUGAUUGGCCAGGAGUGUCUCCUGGACGCAAGGAACAGAAUAUGGGCCAGAGAGCAUCUGACACACGAGGAGUGUCGUUUGAGGAUGUCUUCGUUCCAAAAGAAAAUGUACUGGGAGAAGAAGGAAUGGGCUUCAAAAUUGCCAUGGGAGCGUUUGAUGUUACUCGUCCUCCAGUUGCUGCAGCAGGUGUUGGUCUAGCACAGAGAGCUCUAGAUGAAGCUACUGCUUGGGCAUUGCAACGCAAGACUUUUGGGACUGAAAUCAUCAAUCAUCAGGCAGUGGCCUUCAUGCUUGCUGAAAUGGCAAUGGGGAUAGAGUGUGCACGCAUGGCAUGGCAGAGAGCAGCAUGGGAGGUGGACAAUGGCCUACGGAAUACAUAUUUUGCUGCUAUAGCAAAAGCCUUAGCAGGGGAUGUUGCUGAGAAGUGUGCCACUAAUGCUGUCCAGAUAUUUGGAGGAGCUGGCUUCAACUCUGAAUAUCCUGUUGAGAAGCUCAUGAGGGAUUCCAAGAUCUUCAAUAUUUAUGAAGGAACAGCUCAAAUACAGAGAAUGAUCAUCUCCAGGCCUACAUACUACAACACAACUCACCAUGGGCAGCUGAGAAGCUCAGAGGUGGAAGGAAUGGCCUUGGUACAGGCCCUCCAUUCCCAUACAUCACUCGAACACCUGGACUGUGACCUUCACCACGAACAUGCUGCCCUGUUUGUUGGCUACCCUGACCUUGAUUGGUCUCCCCACCUGAUCCUCCUGUUCCCUCCCUAUUACUACAAAAAGAGUCAUAUGAGUGGUGGUUCACUGGGUGAUGUGCCACUAGAUGGAGUUGCAUUUGAGUUGCCAGGGACAGGGGCACGCCCUGUUUCAAUUGUGAAUGUGGCAGGACCCAUCUCCAUCACCAUGACAGGUGGCAAAGCAAAGUCAUUUCAGCACAAGAGUGAAAACAUGAAGGCGACUAGAAUUUUAUUUUUGUGCGAGGAAAUGUAUCAGCAGAAGAGUACAAUGACACUUUCAGACAUAAAGAUGCCUCACCUACAACAACAGAUCUCCUUCUCCUACUUCCACCUUGAUGGAAAUGGUAAUGAUGAUGAUGUGAAUGAUCAUCCUGACUGUCACGUUGCUGAGAGAAUGAGGGAUGUGUUAGUUGUAAAUGAUACGGCAACCCUCAACAAUUUACUUCAUCAAGAGGGUGAUACCUUCAACUAUCGGCCUGGGUUCCUCCUCACUUUUGCUAACUUUGGUAGAGGAUUGGCCAACAGUGAGGGAUCGGUAUGGGCUGAGAACCGUAAGAUUGUUGCGAGACACUUCAGGCAUGUGGGUUUGGGGAAACAGGCUCUUGAUGAGAGCAUCAGAACAGAACUGCAAUGUGUAUUGAAGCACAUCAGGAUAAGGGCUGGAGUUCCCUAUGAUCCUCAAGAAGAUCUUGCUCAUGCAAUUGGAAAUAUUGUUUGCAGCCUUCUUGCAGGAGAGGGCUGGGUUGCUCACAGUGCUUCAUUAUCAACAGCCUUGAAAUCCAUUGAUCGUCUACUCAAAGUUGUCAAUCAAGCUGGUCCUAUCAAUUAUGUCCCUGAGAUCCACAUAUUCGCAAUGGCUGUCACAAAUUUCCUCCCAUCACUCUUCAUGGCAUACAUGAAAAUCCAGAAUUUCUUGCACUCGCUUUUGGGAACUGCCAAGAUUCAUUUACAGAAGAUCUCCACUGAUGGCAGAAGGAAGCGAUCAGGAGGAGGCUUGGCUGGGGCUUACCUCAGGGAAAUGGAAGCAAAGGAGCAGAAGGGAGUCAUUGGUCAUAUGUCAGAGACCCAGUUAUUGGUUGUGAUGAGAGAUCUCCUUGUGGGAGGGGUUGAUCCCACACUUGCUGCAGUGAGAUGGGGUCUGCUUCAACUUGCCACUCACCCCGAAGCUCAAAAGAGAAUGCAGUCAGAGAUUGAUGCACACUUUGCAAGAGAUGAAAUGCCAAGUUUUGAAGAUAGAAUCAUCCUUCCAUAUUCAGAAUCCUGUAUGUGGGAGAUUCUUCGCCUUGCUGCUCCAAUUCCUGUUGUUGGACACACUAAUGCAUAUGCAGCUCAAUGUCUAGGAUAUUCAUUUCCACCUCGAACAUGGGUCAUUGGAAAUCUUUGGGGGGCUCUGCGGAAUCCUGAUGACUGGGAGCAACCCAAUGAUUUCCAUCCACAGCGUUUCCUCAAUCAUGAAGGAAAAUUUUGCAAACCAGCAGCACUCACUCCCUUUUCUGUUGGCAUGUCGGAGGAGCUGUGUUGGGGAAGUGCUUGCAAGGCAAAUUUUGUUUGUUUUUCUGGUUGGUAUCAUGCAGAGGUUCACUAUCAGUCUGGCAGAAGAACUGGUACACACUUUGCAAGAGGUAAAUCUGCUGAGGAUGGAGACUUUGAAGACAAGUACUUGGGCUCAACCCGAAGCCAAUCUAGUAAUGAUGUGACUCCACAUGAAUAA